AUGUCUACGAAUGACUCUGGGCCGCCAGUGCAGUUGAUGUGUGCUCGGGAAGGAGAUGCAGAGGCACCGGUUGGUUCGGCAGGGGAAAUCGAUGGAGUUAUCGAGACUGGGGAGGACACGCGGAAGGAAGCAGGGAGUGAUGAUGUCCUUGACGAUGAGGAUGUUGGUGCUGCUUCUAGUGUGCAUACUUAUGAUGAUGAGAUGGAUUUAUCACCAAGGAGUCGGUCCUCAGCCCCGUCAUCGAGCUCCGGGAGUGGCAGCUACAGCGAUAUGACUGAUGAUGAGAUGAAGGAGGAAGAGGGGGAAGGAUCGCAUGGUGGUACGGAUGGCGAUGAUUAUACAGAGUCUGAUGAUGAAGGCACUGAGGGAUAUAAAAAGGGAGGUUAUCACGCUGUUCAUUUAGGGGAAGUUUAUAAUGAUCGUUAUAAAGUGUUGGCCAAGUUGGGAUGGGGCCACUUCAGCACGGUAUGGUUAUGUGAGGAUCUGGACUACACUGCUAAGAUAGAGAAGGAGACCGCUGGUAAAAAGGGUAUACUGCGCUGUUCGAUAAACGGUGGAGUGUCAGUAGUAGGGGCCGCGGGUGAUAGUUGGGCGAAUAAGAUAACGCCGAAGCGCUAUGUUGCGUUGAAAAUUCAAAAGUCGGCUCCGCACUACACGGAGGCAGCGUAUGAUGAGAUUAAUAUUCUCAACGAGGUGAAGAAACGGAAAUUUGCCCCAAGCUGGGUGGGCAGCAGAGAGCUUAGGAAAGAUCUAUUGCCGCUCAAGGCUGGAGGAGGCCUGAGGGAGAGCUUCAACGGGGUUGUCUCCCUAGUCGAUUCAUUCACCACCAACGGCCCCAAUGGGCGCCACGUAUGCAUGGUUUUCGAACCCAUGGGCCCUAACGUACUAGCACUGAUCAAGAAGUUCGAUUUCAAGGGAGUCCCUCUGGAUAUCCUCCGGAAAGUGGCCUCUCAUACUCUCAUUGGUCUCGAUUACCUCCAUCGAGUGUGCAACAUAAUUCAUACUGAUCUUAAACCCGAAAAUGUGUUGGUGUGUUGUCCGAGGAGUGUCCCUGUCGACAAGCACGGCGUACCAUUGAUAGCUGGGCAGUUCCUAUCGCGAGAUGAGGAUGAAAACCAUCAGGACAGCGGAAAUGGAAGUCCACAGGAGAGCACUCCUCAUGAUCGGUACAUUGCGGUUGCCGAUUGUUCUCCCAGCGAUGUUGAGGAGCGUCCCAAUGGUGUUGACGGUAAACAGAAUCGCCCAUUGACGAAGACGCAGAAGAACAGGCUCAAGCGGAGGAGGCAAAGGGAGAAGCGUCGGGCGGCAGCUGAAGCUGCUAAGCAACAGGAGGUACCAUCCACAGCCGCCCCUACGGUGUCGUCAUCGGUGCCAGGCUCUGAUAGCUGUAGUGCUGAGGGGUCCGCGGCAAGUAGAUGUGCGCGGUUCCCGCCUUACGUCAGGUCAUCGAUCAAACGAAACAUGUCGGAUCCUUCCCUUUUGACGACCUACCCUGAGAUGCAGAAUGAGCGUUUGCAUCGCAUCCCUUACCAUCACUUGCACAACGCCAAUAUUAGUGAUAUGGAGCACCAUCGUCAUCAGAAGACUCCAGCGGAGGGAAUCUGUAGCACGGGAGCUACGAGUACAGCCGCUAGCAGUGUUACGAGACGGCAGCAGAACUCCCAGAAAGGAGAGGGUGAAGGGGAGACUGACUUGAUUGCAUCCCAUACUCCUGACUCGUCGUCUUUACCGCUUCCUCCUCCUACUGUUGUUGAUACUAUGCAUAAGCGGUAUGCAUUUGAGCUUGUAUCGGAGGCGGAGGUGCUUGGUCUGGACAUAUUCGACCACGACAGUGUCGCAUUCAAGAUAGCAGAUCUUGGUAAUGCAUGUUGGACUCAUAAACAUUUUUCUAGCGAUAUUCAAACACGCCAAUACCGCUCCCCUGAAGUUAUCGUUGGUGCCGGCUAUGAUAGUAGUGCUGACAUAUGGUCCUUUGCGUGCAUGAUAUUCGAACUAGUGACGGGCGACUACUUGUUCGACCCCAAGGCCACUGAGGACUACCCACGAGAUGAGGACCAUCUAGCACUGUGCAUGGAGCUGUUGGGGUCAAUACCACAUAGGUUGGCAUCACAGGGACGACAUAGCAAGACUUUCUUCAACCGGAGGGGUCAGCUGAGGCACAUCAAGAAUCUUAGGCAUUGGGGUCUUCACGAUGUGCUUCUGCAGAAGUAUAAUCUAAGCCGUAAGGAUGCGACGGAGCUUACCGACUUCCUGCUUCCUAUGCUGAAUAUGGAUCCGAGUAAGAGAGCAACAGCUGAGCAGAUGCUGAAGCAUCCAUGGCUACGAGGGAUUCCUUGUGGAGGCAGCGAAGAGUUUGAUGAUGAAGAAGGGAUCAACGGCAGAGAUGAGUAUGAUGAAGACGACGUUAAGCCUGAUUAUUAA